AUGUCUUCCCCCACCCCUGAGGUCAUUCCCCAAGAGCCUGAGCCAGAGCCCUCAAGCUCCAAGAAGAAGAAGAAGAAGAAGUGGCUGCAACAAGAGGCCACCAUCCAAGCCCUCACCAGGACUGGUCACAGUGCCCUGCGGGCAGGCCAGAACCAGAAGGCUUUGACCAGUUUCCAGAAGGCCUUCCUCCUGGCUUCUGAGGCCCCCAAAGUCAGAGACACCCCUGUUCUCCGUGCCUGCGCCUUCAAUCUUGGGGCUGCCUACGUGGAGACCGGGGAUCCAGCCAGAGGCCUUGAACUACUCCUGCGAGCCCAACCUGAAGAGAAGGCUCAGGGCGGGUGCCAUGGUGACCAGUGCUUCAAUGUGGCUUUGGCCUACCAUGCACUGGGUGACCUGCCUCAAGCCUUGACCUGGUACCACAGGUCCCUCAGCCACUAUCAACCACAGGGUGACCAGGGAGAAGCUCGGGCAAAAAUGGGAGCCUGCUAUGAGGCUCUAGGGCAGCCUGAGCUAGCAGCCCCCUGCCUACAGGAAGCAAGUCGGGCCUAUGCCCAGGCAGGACAGCCCCAGGCCGCAGCCCUGGCAAUGGGGGCUGCAGCGGGGUGUAUGCUGAAGAGUGGGCAGCAUGGGGUGGGUGAGGUGGUGCAGGUGCUGGAGGAGAGCCGGAGGCUUGCUGACAGGAGCACUGAGCGGAAGUUGCUGGGGCAACUCUAUAAUGACAUAGGCCUGGGCUACUCCCAGCUCCAGCUCUUCCCACUGGCAGUGGAGGCCUUCCUGCAGGCCCUGCCCCUGUGCCGGGGUCCAGGAGAGGAGGCUACAGUACUAAGAAACCUUGGGAUGGCCCACAAUGCCCUCGGCAACUAUCAGGAAGCUCGGGAGUUUCACCAGAAGGCUGCGGACCUACAUGGCUCCACAGGGCAGCGGUGGGAGCAGGGCCGGAGCUUUGGCAGCCUGGCAUUUGCACUGAGCCAGCUAGGGGAACACAAGGCCGCCAGAGACAACUACCUUCAUGCCCUGCAGGCUGCGCGGGAUGCUGGGGACGUGAAGGGGCAGUGGCAGGCUUGCGAAGGUCUAGGUGCUGCUGCAGCCAGACUGGGGCAAUAUGACCAAGCCUUGCAGCACUAUAAGGAAGCGCUGGCCCAGUGCCAGAAGGAGCCAGAUUUUGUGAGACGACGUCUGGUGGCCAAACUGGCGGAUGCCAUGAGGACUCACUUGGCCCAGGGGAGGCUGAUUCCGACUCAUACCCUGACCUUGGCUUCGGGGAGGCGGCAGGCUCCCGGUGGGGCUUGCUCGGCGGGGACCCAAGCCAGUGUGCGGCGGGGCGCCGCAGUCGCCCCGUACCGAUCUGCCGGUGAGUGGGAAGGCGAAGAGUCUGAGGACCACCGCGAGGAGAAAGAAGAGGAAGGGUCGGCGAGGGUUCCCACGGCGUUUCGGGCGCCGAGGCUGGAGCGUCCAGGAGCCAGGAAUCAUCUCCCAUUUGGAGGCCCAGGCCCCCCCAGAGUGGGGUACCCUGGCAUCCUGGUACCCAGUGGCCCUCAAGCCAAUAGGUCAUCCAUAUGGCCCCGGGAAGCCCCCAGCAGGAAUCCCCAGAGGAGAUCCACUGAGUCUGGCUUCUGCAUGAUCAUGUGA